AUGCACUAUCUGCCACCGGAUCAAUCGCCCAGCGAAUCUACAAGUGACUUACAAGUGAACAGUUCUAUACCUGAAGGUUGGGAAGAACGUGAAGAUGCAAAUGGUCGUACAUUCUAUGUCAACCAUCGGGAACGUACCACACAUUGGGAGAGACCAUCGCAGCUGAGUGCAGUGUAAGC